AUGGCUUUCGCACGUCAUCUUCCCAUUGAUAUGUCACUUCUACAUCUUCAAGACAAACACAUUGCGAAUGCAAUUUGGGAGAGCACUAAAAGAGUUCUUCGAACAAGAAGACAUGCAAUCUGGAUAGCUAAACAUGUCAACGAACUCGAUCAAAGAGUCAUGAAUAUACUGAAAGCAACAGAGUUUGACUAUAUUUUGAAAGUUUCAAUUAUGAAAAUAAAUCACCUGCUAGUGACUACUUUGGUUGAGAGGUGGAGAAUGGAGACUCAUACUUUCCACUUGCCUCUUGGGGAAAGUACUAUAACACUGGAAGACAUUGCAUUACAAAUCGGGCUUCCGAUUGAAGGUCAUGUUGUCACUAACAUCAGCAGUGGUUCUCUUGUAUUUUUUUGUCAACAACUACUAGGAGAUGUUCCUCAAGAGAACAAUGCCAAAGGCAACAUAAUUAAAUUAACUAGGAUGAAUAAUAUAUUUCGUCAGUUGCCUCAUGAUGCCACUGAUGAGGUUAUUCAGCAAUACGUUAGAGCGUAUAUGUUGAUGAUAAUUGGGAGCAUAAUAAUGUCAGAUACAUCUGCAAGUAUGGUUCAUUUGAUGUAUCUGCCCUUUUAG